AUGGCUGCUACUACAAUCAAACUGUUAAUGUUGUUGGCAAUUGCUUUCCUUGCCUCAGUUUGUGUCUCUUCUAGGUCCGACCAAGAGAACCCCUUUAUCUUUAAGUCUAACCGAUUUCAAACUCUUUACGAGAAUGAAAACGGUCACAUUCGUCUCCUCCAAAAAUUUGACACACGUUCUAAAAGAUUUGAAAAUCUUCAAAAUUACCGUCUUUUAGAAUAUAAAUCCAAACCUCACACCCUUUUUCUUCCACAAUACACCGAUGCUGACUUUAUCCUUGUAGUCCUUAGUGGGAAAGCCAUUCUCACAGUGUUAAACUCUAAUGAUCGAAACUCCUUCAGUCUUGAACGUGGUGAUACCAUCAAAAUCCCUGCUGGAACUAUUGCUUAUUUAGCUAAUCGAGAUGACAACGAGGAUCUUAGAGUAUUAGAUCUCGCCAUCCCAGUAAACAAACCAGGUCAAUUGCAGCCUUUCUUAUUAUCUGGAACUCAAAAUCAACCAUCAUUAUUAUCCGGGUUCAGCAAGAAAGUUCUAGAGGCCGCUUUCAAUACCAAUUACGAGGAGAUAGAAAAGGUUCUUUUAGAACAACAAGAACAAGAGCCACAACACAGAAGAAGCCUUAAGGAUAGGAGACAAGAGAUCAACGAAGAAAAUGUAAUAGUCAAAGUAUCAAGGGAACAAAUUGAGGAACUGAGCAAAAAUGCAAAGUCCAGCUCCAAAAAGAGUGUAUCAUCGGAAUCUGAACCAUUCAACUUGAGAAGUCGCAAUCCUAUCUAUUCCAAUAAGUUUGGCAAAUUCUUUGAGAUCACCCCAGAAAAAAAUCAACAACUUCAAGACUUGGACAUAUUUGUCAAUUCUGUGGAGAUCAAGGAGGGAUCUUUAUUGUUGCCAAACUACAAUUCAAAGGCAAUUGUGAUAGUAACUGUUAAUGAAGGAAAAGGAGAUUUUGAACUAUUGGGAAUAAGAAAUGAGAACCAGAGAGAAGAAAGUGACGAGGAAGAGGAACAAGAAGAAGAGACAAGCAAACAAGUGCAAAGGUAUAGAGCUAAGUUGUCUCCAGGUGAUGUUUUUGUGAUUCCAGCAGGUCAUCCAGUUGCCAUAAAUGCCUCCUCAAAUCUCAAUCUGAUUGGAUUUGGUAUCAAUGCCGAGAACAACCAGAGAAACUUCCUUGCAGGCGAGGAGGACAAUGUCAUAAGUCAAAUACAGAGACCAGUGAAAGAACUUGUAUUUCCCGGAUCUUCUCGUGAAGUUGACAAGCUCCUAAAGAAUCAAAGACAAUCUUACUUUGCAAAUGCUCAGCCUCUACAAAGAGAGUAA